GCACUGUGUACGGCUGUACGGUCCUGAUCGGCUGAAGCUUCAACACAAGACCCCCCUCUGCAUUACACCUUCCAGCACAGUUUUGGACGCACAGAAGGGAAUGACAGGACUCGGCAGCAGACCAGUGCCAUUCAACUGCUAGACCACUCAACAAGUUGGUGGAGCCCAACAACCCGGACUCUGUCUCUCCGUCUUCAUCUCAUAUCUCUCUCUGUCUUUCUUUCUUUAAUCUCUCGCUCUCUCUCGCUCUGCCUGUCUGACCGUCUGUCUUUCUGUCUAUGAAGCUGUACAGCAGCAUGCCUGUAUGUUUGCCCGCAGCACAAGCAGAAGCACUAUGGAAGUGAAAGAGCGCCGUCCAUACUGCUCACUCACCAAGAGCCGCAGGGACAAGGAGGGACCGUACACUGGUUCAUCAGGGGACAGCGAAGACUGUGCUAUUGGCCCCCAGGGACUCCGGGUCCCCACUCAGAAGUCCUACUCCUCCAGUGAAACACUCAAGGCCUUCGACCAGCACCAAGAUCAGACCAGGUUGCUGUACGGGACGACAAAGGGAUACAAGGACAUGGUUCACCGCGAACAGGAUGAUUAUAACAGACAAGGUCAGCAUUUCAGUCUCCGUCAGCUGGGAAUCUGCGAGCCGCCUUCGCGUCGAGGCCUGGCGUUCUGCUCCGACAUGGGCCUCCCCCACCGCGGCUUCUCAGUUGGUACAGCCCAGGACCUAGAUACCGAUAGCCAGGCUGUGAUGUCACCAGAGCGCGCCAUGCGGCUGUGGGGCCGUGGGGGUCUGGGUAAAUCAUCAGGGAGGAGUUCCUGUCUGUCCAGCCGCUCCAACUCAGUGCUGACUCUCACCGACACCGAGCAUGAGAACAAGUCGGACAGCGACAAUGCAACAGUAGAACAUGUCAGAAUUCCCAUCCACUCUUUCUUUCUGACACUGGUGGGGGUUGUGGCGGUGGAGCAGGUCUGUGAGGUAGGAAGGAGUAUCCUGGUUAUGGAGGGCUUUGUGGGUGAGGAGGAGGACUUUAAACUGGAUGCGUUGGGAAACAGGGAGCCAGUGGAGGAGCUGAUUAAAUUAAAGAUUGAAGUUCAAAAGUGUCCCCUAAACAGCACUGUCUGGAGGUGUGACUCGUCCCACGAGAUCUCAUGA